GCCUGGGACUCAGUGGGUACUGGAUAAAUGUGAGGGGCUCUGAAUCCACUGGUGCGGUGGCCGGCCGAAUUGCUCCAGGACACCCGCCCCGAGCCCGGGAGGCAUGCUGAGGCCAGGCCGCCGGCAGGAUGAGUGUGAAAGAGGCGGGCAGCUCCGGCCACCGGGGGCAGGCGGCCUACCACCUGCACAUCUACCCGCAGCUGGCCACCAGCGAGAGCCAGGCCCCGUGCCAGGCCUCGUGUCGCGUGACAGCCACCAAGGACAGCACCACGUCCGACGUCAUCCAGGACGCCAUCACCAGCCUGCAGCUGGACGGCAGCAAGCGCUACGUGCUGGUGGAGGUCAAGGAGACGGGCGGGGAGGAGUGGGUGCUGGAUGCCAACGACUCGCCGGUGCACCGUGUGCUGCUGUGGCCGCGGCGGGCGCAGGACGAGCACCCCCAGGAGGACGGCUACUACUUCCUGCUGCAGGAGCGCAACGCAGACGGGACCAUCAAGUACGUGCACAUGCAGCUCAUGUCCCAGGCCACGGCCACCCGGCGCCUGGUGGAGCGUGGCCUCCUGCCCCGGCCGCAGGCAGACUUUGAUGACCUGUGCAACCUCCCCGAACUGACUGAGGAGAACCUCCUGAAGAACCUCAAACACCGCUUCCUGCAGCAGAAGAUCUACACGUAUGCCGGGAGCAUCCUCGUGGCCGUCAACCCCUUCAAGUUCCUCCCCAUCUACAACCCCAAGUACGUGAAGAUGUACGAGAACCAGCAGCUGGGCAAGCUGGAGCCGCACGUGUUCGCGCUGGCCGACGUCACCUACUACGCCAUGCUCCGGAAGCACGUCAACCAGUGCAUCGUCAUCUCAGGCGAGAGCGGCUCCGGCAAGACACAGAGCACCAACUUCCUGAUCCACUGCCUCACUGCCCUGAGCCAGAAGGGCUACGCCAGCGGCGUCGAGAGGACCAUCCUCGGCGCUGGUCCGGUGCUGGAGGAUGCUGGAUGGCUGGAAUCAGACCGUCUGUAGUCUUUUCAGACCGGCUUCUUUCACUUAGUACUAAAUACUAGUACUAAGGUUCCUCUGCGUCUUUUCUCGGCUCGAGACCUCAUAUCUUCAUGUUGCUGAGUAAUACCCACUGGAUGUGCUGCAGUCUGUCCAUCCGCAGGACCCCAGACCCUCUGUCCAAGGAGUAGGCUCGGGGUGGGGUGGGGGCAGGGGUAGGUUCAGGGGUCCCACCCGCCCUGAAGCACUGACCUCCAGCUUCUUACUAAAAUUCACUGAAAUCCCACCUGGGCUGUGCCAGCUGAAUACGCUUCAGUUCCUCUUCCUCUCUGACGACCUCUGAGAUCACGAAUAAGAAAUUAGCUGGGGCUGUACAGCCUGGCCCCGUGCCAGCACGCAUGGCCUAUAUCUGUCUUCUCCUUACAUGUAAUGUAAAGAUUCAUUGUAGCAUUUCAAAGACUACCUAGUGAUCCAGCCGCAGAACGGACGCUUUUCUCUUCAGUGCUGUGUACCCUGCAUGCGUUCCCUCCUCUAAUCGUCCAUUCAUUCUGCAAAUAUUCCGCGUGCAGGCACUGUUCUUGGCACUGGGCUAUGCAGGGGCCAAAAUCGACACAGAGGCCUGCCCACAGGGAGCUACUGCCUGGUGACAAGGAGGCAGGCAGCGAGAGAAACAGCGGCCUCACGUGUGAGCUAAGAGCCGAUAAGAACAGUGGGCGGGCUCGCGGAAGAAGGGGUAAGGGGGCAGGAGGCGAGAAGGUGAUGCCGAGCCGGGCCCGGAAGCGGGUCGGGUGAGCGACGCGGCAUGUGGGAGGGGGACACGGCCAGUGCAAAAAGCCGGGAGGCUGGACCAUGCCUGGCGUGUUGAAGAAAGUCAGGGGCCCUGGAGGGCACGGGAAGGAGCCAGAGCGGGGUGAGCCAGGGGCAGAGCAGGAGGCGAUGGGGACAGGGAGGUGACAGCAGAUCAUUCAGGGCCUUGCAGGAUCACGGGGUGGGCACUGUGUGAUAUGGGAGCUACGGAGGGUGUUCCAGGUUCAAUCUGGCUCCAUCCCAACUCUGGAACUCAGCUGCCGUGAAACCACCAAUGGCCCCACUGUCCUCCCAGCAAUGGCCGUGGCCCAUAACAGGUGCUCUAGGACGGGAUAAAACAAUGCAGGCACUGAGUGACUUUAGAGAUCGGGGACAGGAACAAGAGGACGGACCCAGCAUUUACCGAGUGGGGCAUUUUGCCAAGUGGGCCCUUCACCCCUCACAGAACCGGGCAGGCGGGGGUGGGUGUGACAAAGUUUGAUGAGGAUGCCGAGCCCCAAGGUUUCAGUGCAACACAGCAAGGAGGCAGGUUUGGCCCCACGGUGCAGCUUCCUUUUCUAGCUGAGGACCAUCCAGGGCACCAGGAUGAGGUUCCUGGCGCUGCCCUAACAAAGUACCACAGACUGGGUGGCAUCAAAGAGAGGAAUUUACUCUCUCUCAGAGUUCUGGAGGCCUGAAGUCUGAAGUCUGGGUGUGGGCAGGGCCACACUCCCUCCGAAGGCUCUAGGGGCAGAUGCUUUCUUGCCUCUUCCCACUUCUGGGGGCCCCAAGCGGGCGCUCCUUGGCUUGUGUUGCUCCAAUCCCAGCCUGUCAUCACAUUGCCUUCCCUUCCUAUAAAGACACCAGUCGUCAUUGGGUUUAGCGGCCGCCCCAAUCCAGGAUGACCUCAUCCUAACUGAUUACGUCAGCAAAGACCCAUUUCCACAUCAGGCCACGUUCACAGGUUCCAGCAUCAGGACAAUAUAGACGAGCCUUUUGCGGGGGGACACAAGUCAGCCCGCAGCCGUCCCCCGCCGAGUGACAGCUGGACGUGUCUUGUGCCUUCUUCCCCAAGGGCCGCCACUGGUGAUCCUGGGGGCCCAUCCGUCCUCCUGCUGGCCUCCAUGCUCCUCCCCUGCCGUAGCCCCGAAGGAUUCUGGCACGUUCGAAGAGGGCCGUUAGUCACCUCCGUGACGGGUGUCUGCACCCCGUGAGUCAGAUGCUUCUGACCUUGCCCGGCUGCCUCCCUCGAGCCUCAGCAGUGUGAGCCGGCAAGGCCAAAUUUCCCCAGGGGUUAGGAGCUGCUGGAGGGCAGUGCCCAUGCCAGCUUCCAAAACAGGCUUGAGCCAGAUCCACGUCACAGCCAUAAAUGUGCUUCCUGAGGCGACCAUUUGGAAAAGCGAGAAGGUUGUUUCAGUUUAGAGCCAGGCUUUGCAGCCAGAGCACCACUGACCUCUGGGGCCGGGUCAGUCUCUGGGCUGGGGGCCAUCGUGUACGCUGUGAGGUGUUGAGCAGGACCCCUGGCCUCCACCCACCCGAUGCCAGUAGCAUCCCCUCCCCCCAGUGGCAACAACCGAAAAAUGUCCCCAGACAUCACCAAGUGUCCCCUGGGAGCAGAAUCUCCCCUGGAUGAGAACAGCUGCCUUAGUCACAGCUUGUAAUCCCACAAGACCCAGUCACCGUUUCUUUCAAGUGUCAACACUUGAAAGACACUUGGUUUAGAAAUUGUCCGUAAGUAAGUCCGAACCAUUCUGAGCUAACUUGAGAGUUACUUUCUAAUAACAGGAAUAAUUAGCUACCGUGCCUUCGGGCCCACUGUGUGUCAGGCCUUGGGUGCCCCAGUCUUCAUCCAUCAUCUCUCUGAGGACUCACAACAGCUCUGCUCAUUUUAAAGAUGAGAAAACAGAGCCCCAGAGAGGUGUGCUGGUGUGCAAAUGUCCUGGGGCUGCCAUCACAGAGUACUAUAAAUGGGAGAGGGUGGAGGUGGAGGGCUUAAGACAACAGGAAUUUAUUCUCUCACAGUUCUGGGGACCAGAAGUCUGAAAUCAAGGUGUAGGCAGGGCUGGCUCCUUCUGGAGGCUCCGAUGGAGAAUCCAUCCCGUGUCUCUCUCCUGGUUUCUGGUGGCUGCCAGCAACCCUUUGGCAUUCCUUGGCUUGUGGCCUCAUCACUCCGGGCUCUGUCUCUGUGUCCAUAUGGCCUUCUCCCCAUUUGCCUCUGUAUCUCGAAUCUCCUUUCUCUUACAAGAACACCGUCAUUGGAUUUAGGGCCUACCCUAAAUCCAAGAUGAUCUCACCUCAAGAUCCU